AUGUGCAAGCUGAGCGGAUCGAACAUCAUCCAGAACUACCAGAACCUGAUGUACGCCAACCUCGGAUACGAAGGGAAACAAGCGCUUUUGAUCACCACGAUUUACGGCUUCAUGGCUCUGGUCGGACAAAUCUUCUCCAUCUUCAGCAUCGCCGACCGAUGGCCACGUCGACGCACGGUCAUCCCCGGCUGGCUCACUCUUGCUAGCUGUCUGAUCAUCCUCGCAGUCAUAUCAGCACUGUACGGCCAAGAUGGUAGCGGAAACAGAGCUGGUCAGCUUGCUGGCAUCGCGUUCAUCUUCUUGUUCGCCUUGUCGUACAGUGUCUUCUUCAAUUCAGCUGUCUGGGUCAUCGUGGCUGAGAUCUUUCCGCUGGAGCUACGAGCUAUUGGCGUCGGAUGGUCGACUUUCUCGCAAUACCUGACUGCGAUCUGGUUGAUCUAUGGUGCGAGUUAUGCUUUCGAAAUCAUCACUUGGAGAUUCUAUUUCGUCUUCACUGGCACAAACAUUUUCUCGGCGGUCGUAUACUUCUUUUGGUUUCCGGAGACGAACCAGUUGACGCUCGAGCAGAUUGCUUCUGCCUUUGGUGAUCCCAUUGCGCAGCCCGUUGCGAAAGAUCUUGGCAAGUCGCUUGACGAUGACAGCGCUGAGCACGUUGAGACCGUCCCACAACAGGAGAAAGUGUAA